AUGUCGGAACCAACACCCAGAAGCCGCAACAACGUUCGCAAGGCACCAAAGCUGAGAGCUUCGUGCGAUGCUUGCAGCUCGGCGAAAGUCCGUUGCACUCAGACUAAGCCGUCAUGUGCCAGAUGUUCCAAACACGACGUACCAUGUGUCUAUGGUAUCUCGAGGAGGUCGGGAAAGAGGAGCGCGGAGAGCUACCAGGCGAUGAGAAAGAACGCCGAGAUGGAGAUGGAAAUGUCAACUUCCCCUACAGAAAUCGACAUGGAUUUCCUGGAUGCUUCACUAAACCUCCAUUCAACCGGCCAAUCCACGCCAGCAACGUCUGUCAAUGAUCUAGAACUCAAUCAGCCAACGCACAUUACAGCAAACGGGCUCCCAACACCACCCAUGGCCAUGAACAUGGACUUUCUGGACUCACCAACAUCUUUUGAGUUCCCUGGGUCUCCCUCAACUGAAUCGCUUGAUUCGGCAAGCCAUGACCAAUACCGAUCAUCUCCAGAUUCUUGCCCAGACCUUCCAGAAUACAUCAAACAUCAACUGAAGGAUUGGGCCUUUGACAACAUGUUCAUGACCAAUCUGCUCCCAACUCCUCAGAUCUCGCCAAAAACAAUGGCCUGUCCUUCAUUUUUUGACUUUGAGCAGCGAGACCCUCUCGUGGACGCUAGCUUGAACGACUAUAACUUUUCGGCCCCAAAUCCCGCGGAUGAGGCGCCUAGUAGGUGUUUCAAACCUAGCUCGAUCUACUCGCAAAGUCCAACAGAGUCGGAUUACAUGCCUUUUGGUACUGGGAGUGGAGACUUCUCAGAUAAUGUCAUUCCCUCGAUAGAGUGUGAUAGCUACUUCGAGCACAAGCCAACUCCACAACCAAAACGUGUCCAAUCAAGCCAUGCAAACACAACAACAUACGCAUCACACCCUGGACAAGUUGCAGCUAGCACGCAUACUUGCAGUUGCAACGAAUCCAUAAUCACACACCUGUCCCUUACGCCAGAUUCUCAAGAUGCCAACAAGUCAUAUGACAUGCGUCUUGCUCAACUCCAAGAGAUUCUCAAGCUCGGUUCAGAUGUCUUGAACUGCGCUUGCACUACAACUAAUCCAUCUAUCCCUGUGUCCCUAUCACUUCUUGCUGCCCGCAUAGUCUCUAUCCUAGAGUGUUUAUGUCACAAGGCACGCGAAGAUGUGUCUCGAGGCCAAGGACAAACAGUAUCAAAUGGCGACCGCUACUCCUUGGGCAUGUAUCAGAUUGCCAAAGAGGACGAGCGCAGACUCAAGCAAGAGAUGCUUGGUCUACAAAUCAAGAAAGCCGAGCUUCUCGUUCUCUGCUCCAAAGAAGUAGCAGGGCGGUCAAACAGACAGAUGGAUACCCAAGCCAUGGUCUCCGACAAGCUUUUCUCCUACCUCGGAGAACAAGUUGCAGAGGCCAAAAACGGGUGGGCUGCUCGAAACAACGAUGCCUGA